UGCGCAUGUGCACAUGAACAACAACUUUUUGGUUUGUUUAUCUUUCGUGGUGCAAAAGUGUUUUUUGUCGAGGAAAAGUAAAUGCGUUUUGAGGUAGAAAAAAACAGUUGAGAGUUGGAAAGGCGACUGGAUGUUUUGCUGUUGUUCUUAUAGGGAGGACAGAGGCAAAGGUCCGAUGGCUGCUAUAAGGAAAAAAUUGGUGAUUGUUGGUGACGGGGCAUGUGGAAAAACGUGCCUUUUGAUUGUGUUUAGCAAGGACCAGUUUCCUGAGGUGUACGUGCCGACCGUGUUCGAAAAUUAUGUUGCGGACAUCGAAGUGGACGGCAAGCAGGUCGAGUUGGCGUUGUGGGAUACGGCCGGACAGGAGGACUACGACCGUUUGAGGCCCCUUUCCUACCCGGACACUGACGUCAUCCUUAUGUGCUUUUCCGUCGAUUCUCCCGACUCCUUAGAGAACAUACCGGAAAAAUGGACACCGGAAGUUAAGCACUUCUGCCCAAAUGUGCCAAUAAUCUUGGUAGGCAACAAGAAAGAUCUGCGCAGCGAUCCGUCAACCAUUAACGAGUUAAAAAAGAUGAAACAGGAACCUGUAAAACCACAGGACGGCCGCUCCAUGGCCGAAAAAAUUAACGCGUUCGCUUACUUGGAGUGUUCGGCCAAAAGCAAGGAGGGCGUCCGAGAAGUUUUCGAGAACGCCACGCGCGCCGCAUUACAGGUGAAAAAGAAGAAGAAACAUCGUUGCGUUUUGUUUUGAACCAGCAAUAUAUUUUAUAUUAUUAUUAUUCUAAUCGUUAUUCGUGUUUAAUCAUUUUUAAAGGGGCUUUUGCAUGUAUCGACUAACUAACAAAAUAAACCCCUUUUAUUUUGUCUUUAGUUCUGUUUUGUUUACGAAUCCUUUCCUAUCACGUGGACAACGCACCCAAACAAACACAAUGCUGCAUUGCUAUUUUGCAUAUCAUGUUGACAUGAUGAUGGCACCAUGGUGGCAUGAUAACAUAAUGUUGGUAAGAUUAUGGCAUCAUGGUGGCAUAAUGUUGGUAUUUACCUAAUAUAUAUAUAUAUAUAUAUUA